CUAAUUGCCUCGAAAAAUAUGCGACUCGUCUAUCUGUUUGUUUAGGGAUUUUUUUGAAGCCAUCUCAUGUAUUUUGCCUUACACCAGUUUCGUUAGCUACCGCGGAAACAUCAUCAGUAAAUGCUAGCAGCGAUUUCAAGUUCAAAAUGGGAAAAAAAGUCAGCUGUUCGCCAGUUUUUUGGUUGUUGUUUCUAAUUUUCAUUUUUAGCGAAACAUCAUUCAUUUCACCUUUCAACGCGUCAGAAUUUGAAAUUGAUGUUGAUCCAUCGAAACUCUUGAUCAGUUAUCCAACGGUCUUCGUUAAGUUUGAUGGCGUUUUAAAUGGAAUCAAAGAUUUGGCAUCAUCAGUUGCGGCAGCUGGCCAUAAAAACAAUCUAAGGAACCGAAGUAAAAGGACACCAUUUGAGAAUAAUUUUGAUUUCCCCAACUCUUGUUCCUUGACGGAAAACGAGCUCGAAAAAAUUAAUAAUUUACUCAACAGCUUGCACGAUGGGAAAGAUAAUCAGUCAACGUGUGAAGCUAAACCGACUGAACUGUCAGUGAUCAACUCGGUUGAUUCAUCCAUUCGCUGCAAUCAGCUGAUUGAAUCCAUUAUUGAAAAUGUAAAAGAUGUCAAAAUGGCUAUGAAUUGUCUUUUAAAGAAAAAUGCAAAGGACUACGACAUUCGUUACGAAAAGCUGAGAGCGACUUACAAACAAGAAAUAUCUAAAUUGCAACAAAAACUGGACAACGCCGAAAAAAGAUUUGAGCAGAAAUUCAAAAAGAAGAUUAACGAUUUGAACGAACGUGUUCAAGAGCUGGAAAAAACUGUGUGGGGACUAUUGAAGGAAUUAGAGAUUGAGCGCUCCAAAGUCCGAAUUUUGAAUUUGAAAUUGAUUCAAGUGUAUUUGGAAACUGGCAAAAUCCAUUUGGCGUCGGAAACGUUCAAAAGUCAUUUGAUGGGACUCGACAGAAACAAUAUCAUUACCAUAACUACGAACGUCACUAACAUCUCAAAGAGAAACGUUAUCGAAUUCACGUCCGGAUUGAAAGACGACGUUGACGCAAUGGUCAGUGGUGUCAUUAACCUUUUCCAUGAGUUGGAAAAAAGAAAGGGUCUUGAUCGAGGAACUGCACGUCUUUUACAAGAAAAAGUUGAUGACAUCAUUCAAUAUUGCAGAGAUCUAGAUGGGACGGACUUGGAGGAAACGAAAUUGAAAUUGGACAGAAAUGUAACAGACGGACUCAUUUUGGUUUAUAAUAAUCUCCAUUUCAUUAAGAAUAAUCCAUCAUUUUAUCUGUAAAUGUAUUGCACAGAACGAAAAAUGCACUUUUCCCACAAUGAGA